CUAUGAUGGAUAUUUGUUUGAAAUAAGCGAGCUAGAUUGUCUUACGAACAAGCUGCGUUACGGUAAUAAUGGAGACUUGGUGGGAAACAUGGACGGAGACGGUGCGACCACCGAUGCCUCCCAGUUGGGCAUCACUGGAGAAUACAUGACGGGAGGUCACUACGUGCUGCAGACUCCGGAUGAUGACGGGGAGGAGGGCCUCAAUGACCAUGAGGACGGCAAUGGGAGCAAAGACAACUUGCGUGAGCAGGACAUUUACCUCCCCAUCGCCAACGUGGCCCGUAUCAUGAAGAACGCUGUUCCUCAGACAGGAAAGAUUGCGAAGGAUGCCAAAGAGUGCGUUCAGGAGUGCGUGAGCGAGUUUAUCAGCUUCAUCACCUCGGAGGCCAGCGAGAGGUGCCACCAGGAGAAACGCAAAACCAUCAACGGCGAGGACAUCCUGUUCGCCAUGUCCACCCUGGGCUUUGACAUGUAUGUGGAGCCGCUCAAACUCUACCUGCAAAAGUUCAGAGAGGCAAUGAAAGGAGAGAAGGGAAUUUCAUCCGUGGCGGUGACCGAAGGCCUCGGGGAGGAGCUCACAGACGACAGCUUCACGAACCAGCUACCUGCAGGACUAAUAACGGCCGACGGACAACAGCAGAAUGUCAUGGUUUACACUACCUCCUAUCAACAGAUCCCUGGGGUGCAGCAGAUCCAGUUCUCAUGACAAGACGCAUCGGCUGCUGAAGGACUGGCCAGAGGAGAUGCGCGUCUGCACAGUGAAGAGUUCAAAGGUCAACAUCGCCAAGGACGAAAAGUCUAAAACGAGGUGUUAGCAGUUGCUCGUAAUGUAAAUAUGCAAGUUCAUGUGAAGUGUUGUGGUGAGUUGUACUGAGAGGGGUGUGAUGCAUUAGGUUAUGAAUCCCCAUAAGUCAGUAAAUGGGUAAUUUUGUACCUUUUUUGGACAUUACUUGUUUGGCGCUUUACCCAAGUUUGAGGUUAGAAUGGGUGUUAAACAGAACCUGUGCUGAGAGGAACCAUUGGCUCUUUUUGUUCUGUAUGUAAAAAAGUACUUUCUCUUCCUCUGGGCAGCACAGGGAAGGUGUGAUCUUAAUUUUAUAUUGAAUCAUGCCAUUCUUUUUGUAAUUUGAACAACACCACCAUGCAAUUUCAUGUUAAUCCUUUCAAUAAAAAUUAAAAUGUUAUACCCCUGUCUUUAAAGUUAUGUUAGCCAGCAACCGCCC